AGACACACAUUACAACUGGCCAAUGGGUGAGUGACACCAAAUGCAUACAUAUCAGUGGAGGCUGCUGGAGGGAGGAUGAUAUUAUUCAAUUCCAGCCAUUACAAUGAGCCUGUCAUGCGAUUUAAAGUGACACCAGCCACUACUGGUGCAUUUGGAAAGUAUUCAGACCCCUUGACUUUUUUCACAUUUUGUUACUUUACAUCAUUAUUUUCAAAUGUAUUCAAUAAAAAAAAAUCCUUAUCAAUCUACGCACAAUACCCCAUAAUGACAAAGUGAAAACAGGUUUGAAGAAAGUUGAGCAAAUGUAUAAAAAAUAAAAAAACAAAAUACCUUAUCUACAUAAGUAUUCAGACCCUUUGCUAUGAUACUCGAAAUUGAGCUCAGGUGCAUCCUGUUUCCAUUAAUCAUCCUUGAGAUGUUUCUAGAACUUUAUUGGAGUCCACCUGUGGUAAAUUCAAUUGAUUGGACAUGAUUUGGAAAGGCACACACCUGUCUAUAUAAGGUCCCACAGUUGGCAGUACAUGUCAGAGCAAAAACCAAGCCAUGAGGUUGAAGGAAUUGUCCGUAGAGCUCAGAGACAGGAUUGUGUCGAGGCACAGAUCUGGGGAAGGGAACCAAAACACUUCUGCAGCAUUGAAGGUCCCCAAGGACACAGUGGCCUCCAUCAUUCUUAAAUGGAAGAAGUUUGGAACCAACAAGACUCUUCCUAGAGCAGGUUGUCGGCAAAACUGAGCAAUCGGGGGGCCUUGGUCAGGAAGGUGACCAAGAACCUGAUGGUCACUCUGACAGAGCUCCAGAAUUUCUCUGUGGAGAUAGUUGUCCUUCUGGAAGGUUCUCCCAUCUCUGCAGCACUUCACCAAUCCAGCCUUUAUGGUAGAGUGGAAGCCAGUCUUCAGUAAAGGGCACAUGACAGCCCGCUUGGAUUUUGCAAAAAGGCACCUAAAGACUCUAAGACCAUGAGAAACAAGAUUCUCUAGUCCGCUGAAACCAAGAUUGAACUCUUUUACCUGAAUGCCACAUCUGGAGGAAACCAUCCCUACGGUUAAGCAUGGUGGUGGCAUUAUCAUGCUGUGGUUGUUUUUCAGCGGCAAGGACUGGGAGACUAGUCAGAAUCGAACAAAAUAUGAACAAUGCAAAGUACAGAGAGAUCCCUGAUCUGCUCAGGACCUCAGAAUGAGUUGAAGGUUCACCUUCAAACAGGACAACGACCCUAAGCACACAGCCAAGACAAAGCAGGAGUGGCUUCGGGACAAGUCUCUGAAUGUCCAUGGGUGGCCCAGCCAAAGCCCGGACUUGAACCCGAUCACAAAUCUCUGGAGAGACCUUAAAAUAGCUGUGCAGCGAUGCUCCCCAUCCAACCUGACAGAGCCUGAGAGGAUCUGCAUAGAGGAAUGGGAGCAACUCCCCAAAUGCACGUGUACCAAGCUUGUAUCGUCAUACCAAAGAAGUGUUGAGGCUGUAAUUGCUGCCAAAGAUGCUUCAACAAAGUCCUGAGUAAAGGGUCUGAAUACCUAUGUAUUAUGUGACAUUUUUAUCUUUAAUAAUAAACUUCCUAAAAACCUGUUGUUGCUUUGUCAUUAUGGGUUAUUGUGUGUAAGUUGUUGCGUGGGAAAAAAAACAAUUGAAUCCACUUUAGAAUCUGGUCAGGCUUCUGGUCAGGCUCCGGAGACGGGCACAUCGCGCACCGCUCCCGAGCAUACUACUCGCCAAUGUCCAGUCUCUUGACAACAAGGUUGAUGAAAUCCAAGCAAGGGUAGCAUUCCAGAGAGACAUAAGAGGCUGUAACGUUCUUUGCUUCGUGGAAACAUGGCUCACUCGAGACAUGCUAUCGGAGUCGGUACAGCCAGCUGGUUUUUUCACGCAUCGCGCCGACAGAAACAAGCAUCUUUCUGCUAAGAAGAGGGCCGGGGGGGGAUUAACGAGACGUGGUGUGAUCAUAACAACAUACAGGAACUCAAGUCCUUCUGUUCACCUGACUUAGAAUUCCUCACAAUCAAAUGUCGACCGAGAAUUCUCUUCGAUUAUAAUCACAGCCGCAUAUUUUCUCCCCCAAGCAGACACAUCGAUGGCCCUGAACUAACUUUAUUUGACUGUAUGUAAACUGGAAACCACAUAUCCUGAGGCUGCAUUCAUUGUAGCUGGGGAUUUUAACAAGGCUAAUCUGAAAACAAGGCUCCCUAAAUUCUAUCAGCAUAUCGAUUGUGCAACCAGGGCUGGUAAAACCCUGGAUCAUUGUUAUUCUAACUUCCGCAACGCAUAUAAGGCCCUCCCCCGCCCUCCUUUUGGAAAAACUGACCACGACUCCAUUUUGUUGCUUCCAGGCUAUAGUCAGACACUUAAACAGGAAGCUCCCGCACUCAGGUCUGUUCAACGCUGGUCCGACCAAUCUGAUUCCACGUUUCAAGAUUGCUAUGAUCACGUGGACUGUGAUACGUUUCGCAUUGCGUCAAACAACAACAUUGACGAAUACGCUGAUUCGGUGAGCGAGUUUAUUAGCAAGUGCAUCGGCGAUGUCGUACCCACAGCAACUAUUAAAACAUUCCCCAACCAGAAACCCUGGAUUGAUGGCAGCAUUCGUGCAAAACUGAAAGCACAAACCACUGCUUUUAAAUCAGGGCAAGUUGACCGGAAACAUCACCGAAUACAAACAGUGUAGCUAUUCCCUCCGCAAGGCAAUCAAACAAGCUAAGCGUCAGUAUAGAGACAAAGUAGAGUCGCAAUUCAACGGCUCAGACACGAGAGGUAUGUGGCAGGGUCCAGCCCCGUCGCGGACCCUGAUGUCUUGCUCCCAGACAAACUAAACAGCUUCUUUGCUCGCUUUGAGGACAAUACAGUGCCACCUACUCGGCCCGCUACCAAAACCUGCAGACUCUCCUUCACAGCAGCCAACGUGAGUAAAACAUUUAAAGUGUUAACCCUCGCAAGGCUGCCGGCCCAGACGGCAUCCCCAGCCGUGUCCUCAGAGCAUGCGCAGACCAGCUGGCUGGUGUGUUUACGGACAUAUUCAAUCAAUCCUUAUCCCAGUCUGCUGUUCCCACAUGCUUCAAGAGGACCACCAUUGUUCCUGUCCCAAGCAAGGGAACUGAGCUAAAUGACUACCGCCCCAUAGCACUCACUUCCGUCAUCAUGAAGUGCUUUGAGAGACUAGUCAAGGAUAAUUUCAUCUCCACCCUACCUGACACCCUAGACCCACUGCAAUUUGCUGACCGCCCCAAUAGGUCUACAGACGACGCAAUCGCAAUCACACUGCACACUGCCCUAACCCAUCUGGACAAGAGGAAUACCUACAGUGGCGCAAAAAAGUAUUUAGUCAGCCACCAAUUGUGCAAGUUCUCCCACUUAAAAAGUUGAGAGAGGCCUGUAAUCUUCAUCAUAGGUACACUUCAACUAUGACAGACAAAAUUAGAAAAAAAAUCCAGAAAAUCACAUUGUAGAAUUUUAAAUUAAUUUAUUUGCAAAAAAGAAGAAAAGUAAAGUAAGAAGUAAUAAGAAGUAAUACAGGGAAGAUGGAGAAGUAAUACAGGGGAGAUGGAGGAGAAGUAAUACAGGGGAGAUGGAGGAGAAGUAAUACAGGGGAGAUGGAGGAGAGGUAAUACAGGGAAGAUGGAGGAGAAGUAAUACAGGGAAGAUGGAGGAGAAGUAAUACAGGGGAGAUGGAGAAGUAAUACAGGGGAGAUGGAGGAGAAGUAAUACAGGGGAGAUGGAGGAGAAGUAAUACAGGGGAGAUGGAGGAGAAGUAAUACAGGGGAGAUGGAGGAGAAGUAAUACAGGGGAGAUGGAGGAGAAGUACUACAGGGGAGAUGGAGGAGAAGUAAUACAGGGGAGAUGGAGGAGAAGUAAUACAGGGGAGAUGGAGGAGAAGUAAUACAGGGGAGAUGGAGGAGAAGUAAUACAGGGGAGAUGGAGGAGAAGUAAUACAGGGGAGAUGGAGGAGAAGUAAUACAGGGGAGAUGGAGGAGAAGUAAUACAGGGGAGAUGGAGGAGAAGUAAUACAGGGGAGAUGGAGGAGAGGUAAUACAGGGAAGAUGGAGGAGAGGUAAUACAGGGAAGAUGGAGGAGAAGUAAUACAGGGGAGAUGGAGGAGAAGUAAUACAGGGAAGAUGGAGGAGAAGUAAUACAGGGAAGAUGGAGGAGAAGUAAUACAGGGGAGAUGGAGGAGAAGUAAUACAGGGGAGAUGGAGGAGAGGUAAUACAGGGAAGAUGGAGGAGAAGUAAUACAGGGAAGAUGGAGGAGAAGUAAUACAGGGAAGAUGGAGGAGAAGUUAUACAGGGAAGAUGGAGGAGAAGUUAUACAGGGAAGAUGGAGGAGAAGUAAUACAGGGAAGAUGGAGGAGAAGUAAUACAGGGAAGAUGGAGGAGAAGUAAUACAGGGUAGAUGGAGGAGAAGUACUACAGGGGAGAUGGAGGAGAAGUACUACAGGGGAGAUGGAGGAGAAGUAAUACAGGGAAGAUGGAGGAGAAGUAAUACAGGGAAGAUGGAGGAGAAGUAAUACAGGGAAGAUGGAGGAGAAGUAAUACAGGGAAGAUGGAGGAGAAGUUAUACAGGGGAGAUGGAGGAGAAGUAAUACAGGGUAGAUGGAGGAGAAGUACUACAGGGGAGAUGGAGGAGAAGUACUACAGGGAAGAUGGAGGAGAAGUUAUACAGGGAAGAUGGAGGAGAAGUACUACAGGGGAGAUGGAGGAAAGUAAUACAGGGGAGAUGGAGGAGAAGUUAUACAGGGGAGAUGGAGGAGAAGUUAUACAGGGGAGAUGGAGGAGAAGUAAUACAGGGGAGAUGGAGGAGAAGUACUACAGGGAAGAUGGAGGAGAAGUUAUACAGGGAAGAUGGAGGAGAAGUACUACAGGGAAGAUGGAGGAGAAGUACUACAGGGAAGAUGGAGGAGAAGUUAUACAGGGAAGAUGGAGGAGAAGUUAUACAGGGAAGAUGGAGGAGAAGUUAUACAGGGGAGAUGGAGGAGAAGUACUACAGGGGAGAUGGAGGAGAAGUACUACAGGGGAGAUGGAGGAGAAGUACUACAGGGAAGAUGGAGGAGAAGUUAUACAGGGGAGAUGGAGGAGAAGUUAUACAGGGAAGAUGGAGGAGAAGUUAUACAGGGAAGAUGGAGGAGAAGUUAUACAGGGAAGAUGGAGGAGAAGUUAUACAGGGAAGAUGGAGGAGAAGUUAUACAGGGGAGAUGGAGGAGAAGUACUACAGGGGAGAUGGAGGAGCUCUGGUGGGAAUGAAGGGGACAUGUUACACACUAAUGAGUAUAAAGACAUUGAGCCAGAACCCCUCACAGAACUCAGGAUAUCACACACACACACACACACACACACACACACACACACACACACACACACACACACACACACACACACACACACACACACACACACACACACACACACACACACACACACACACACACACACGAACAUGUUAACUUGCAUAGCUUGUUAGGCGCGGCAGGGUAGCCUAGUGGUUAGAGUGUUGGACUAGUUACCGGAAGGUUGCAAGUUCAAACCCCCGAGCUGACAAGGUACAAAUCUGUCGUUCUGCCCCUGAACAAGGCAGUUCCUGCAGAACCCACUGUUCCUAGGCCGUCAUUGAAAAUAAGAAUUUGUUCUUAACUGACUUGCCUAGUUAAAUAAAGGUCAAAUAAAAAGGUGUGGGUUGGUAUGGUGUCCUCCAGACCCAUUUCUCUGUCUCUCCUUCUGUUGAUGGCGAUGCUACUGUUGUUGUUGAUGAUGGUGGUGAUGGUGA